CCCCCUCCGGUCUCUGCCCGCUCCAGCCCCGCUCUGCGCGUGCGCGGCGGCGGCAGCGAUGGCGCUGGAGACCGUCCCCAAAGACCUGCGGCACCUCCGGGCCUGUCUGCUCUGCUCCCUGGUCAAGACCCUCGAGCAGUUCGAGUACGACGGCUGCGAUAACUGCGAUGCCUACCUGCAGAUGAAAGGGAACCGCGAGAUGGUCUACGACUGCACCAGCUCCUCCUUCGACGGGAUCAUCGCCAUGAUGAGCCCCGAGGACAGCUGGGUGUCCAAGUGGCAGCGCAUCAGUAACUUCAAGCCUGGUGUGUAUGCGGUGUCUGUGACCGGCCGCCUGCCCCAAGGGAUUGUCCGAGAGCUGAAGAGCCGUGGUGUGGCUUAUAAGUCACGAGACACAGCUAUCAAAACCUAAGGGGCUCUGGUGCUGCGUGGAGGAUUCCUUGUGCUCUGCUGGGCUGCUCAGCGAGGCAGCUGCUACAUGGAGCACUGCUCUGAAACCUUGUAGUUUUAGCAUGAGGGACCUGGACUCUGAGGGAGCUGCUGGCUCGGCUGCUCUUGCUCUGUACCUCUGGACUCACUGCUGGACCACAGAGACCUUCAAAUCAGUUGCGUCCUUGACAGGGCCUGGGGUGUUAGUAGGUCUGGGAAAGAGGUGUUUAAUGGUGAUGCACAAACCUUUGUAGUCACGGUGGGUAAGAGGAGCUGGGACACAGCUGUAAAUAAUUCAAUAAAACAUGUUUUCUGGUCA